AUGUUUUACGCUCAAUUUGUGUUAGCCAAAAAGAGCGCAUUGUCGCAGAUAUGGCUAGCGGCGCACAUGGAACGGAAGCUCUCCAAGGCGCAAGUAUUUGAAACAGAUGUAUCUAAUGCCGUCAACGAGAUUCUACAGCCUAAAGUAAGUGUUUUGACAUUUUUUUGUUGGUUUUUAGGUAUUUCUUCUCGGAAAUCGCUAUAUUGAUGUUGCCUCGGACGGAAUAGGCUGAUUUUAUAAAAAAUUUGGGCUGUUUAUGAUAAAUUAUUUAAUGAAACAUGUAAAGGAUUUAUUUUUCAAAGUUUAUAUGACGUUUGGUAAUUUUAGCUUGAUUUACCAUUAAGUUAUAUUGAGAUUAAGGUAUACUUGUAGCUACUUGUUGGUGAUCAGCGGAAGUUGUUGAUUUUUUGUAAAUUUGGGAUGAUUUUUGAAAAUUCAGUUGUUUGAGUUUGUAAAGCAGAUAAUUUUCUACGUUUACCUAAAAUUAAGGCUUAGCAUCGUCUGUUUUUGCGAAGUUAUAUUUAACAUAAGCUACAGUUAUAUCUUAAACUACCUUCUUGGAUGUAUAACAUUAUUUACUGGUGAACACCGAUGUAAAUCAACUAAAAUAUGUUUUUUAAAGAUAAAAUAAUGUAUUCUAAAUUAAUUAUAUAAAGAUUUGUAAUCAAAAAACCGUUUUUUCAGUCAAAAAUGUCGCUUCGAACAACAGGACAUCUACUAUUGGGUAUAGUGCGAAUAUUUUCGAAGAAAACCAAGUACGUACUAGCAGAUUGUAAUGAAGCAUUUGUCAAGAUUAAACAGGCAUUUCAACCUGGAAGUGCUGAGCUAGCCAUGCUUCAGAAUGCUGUGAGGAAGGAGAGGAAUACCAGCGAACUUGAUGUAGGUUUAGGCUUGUUUUUGGUCAAAAAUUUGACUUUUUGGUCGUUUUUUGAUUUUAAAUUGUUUGAAAAUGCCAUUUUGAUUAAAGCUAUUUAAUAUUAAGUUUAUUAAUAAAAAAUGUUUUAGCUCAUUGACGAAAUGGAUGUGAUAAUGCCAGAUAUCAGUGAGUUUGAUUAUGCUCCAGCACCAAUGCAGCAAAGCAGAAUUGAUGAUAUUACACUACAAGAAGAUAAUUUCGAGAUCGGCGGGUCCGGUCUUUUGAAUGACGAUCUUCUGGACGAUGAGUUCGAUGAUUGUGCUUCGAAUUUCGAUGAGGAGUUUGAGAGAACGAGGAAGAACUACGAGUUGAUGAAUAAAAAUGAACGAGAAGGCAGCAUGUUUGAUAGUCAUGGAGGUGGUAAGGGAGUUUGGCGAUUAAAAAUGAGUAGUAACUGGAUUUUUAAGUAAUAAAACGGGUUGGAAGUUGGUUUAUAGGCAUAAAAAUGAGUUUAAACUUAAUUUUAGGUAACAAAAUUUUUUUAAAUACGUUUUUAGGUAACAAAUUUAAUGAAAGUGCGAGUUUUAGUUUCGUAAAGAAAGUUUUUGCAAGCCUUAGCUUUGUAAAGAAAGUUCUUGCAAUUUUCUUAAAAUAUCUUUACUUUUACAGAUAAUGAGCAAGCACGUCGCUCAGUAUCGUACAUGAACGAGAACGACAUGCAAUCCGAAUGUAGCGCACCAAAAGAGGACUCAUUAGCCCCAUCCGACGAGAACGAGAACCACAUUGGGUAUGAUGACUAUGACAGUGGUGAUGUUAUGGAAGUGGACCAAAAAGACGACGAUCUGGUACUAGAACCACUGGUACCGGCCAGUACUAUAGUCUUGAAGGAACGGCAGAAAAGAAGGCGAAAGUUGGUAUGGGACGAUGUUACAGUAAUCUCGGCCGAUGAGAUUAGAGACAGUUUAAGCGACUACAGUGACACAAUGGUACCCUUGGAGCUCGCACCACCUACCAAGAGAUUGAUGAAGAUCAAGGAAAAUGGAGUUAUGGAGAGAAUAUAUCUGUAUCCGGCUACAGAUGUGUACACUAACAAGACUUUGUUUAAGGUAGGUUAUUUGAAUUUUUAGAUAACAGAGUUAGUGAAAAAUGAAUUUUUAGGUAACAAGAUAAGUUAAAAGUGCAUUUUUUAGGCAACAAAAUUGAUGAAAAAAAUUUUUUUUAGGUAACAAAAAUUGUGAAAAAUGAAUUUUUAGGCGACAAAAUUAGUAAAAAAAUUAUUUUUACGUAACAAAAUUAGUAAAAAAAGUCAUGUUUAGGUAACAAAGUUAGUAAAAAUGCAUUUUUAGAUAACAAUUUUACUGCAAAAUGCAUUUUUAGGUAACAAAAUGAAGCGAAAAAUUGAUUUUUAGUGAAUUUUGUGUUGUUUUUUAUUAAACUUUUUUAUUAAUUUUAUUAAAAUUUGUUAAAUUUUUCAGAUUUACCAAAAACACUUGGUACCAAAACUCGUAGUAACUGAAGGACAAUCAGCAAUUGACAUUCGAACACAACUCGGAAUGACGGAUGCUGUGGAUGAGGAUGAUAAUGUAAGUCUUGUUUGGGCUGGGUGGCGGAUGUAGGGGUAACGGUAGAUAUAGGGUGGGGGGGGGGAGAUAGGGUAAGUUUGAGUAAUGUUGAGGUAGGGUAGGGGUGUUUAAAAAUGAAAUUAUUUUUAAAAUAGUGGUAAAAUACGGACUAUAAGGACAAAUAUUUUAAAAAUUAUGACACAUUUUUUCAGGCCGAUGACUCCACCAAUGACGACUUUCCGGCCCAAAUCCAAGACUAUUCGCUAUUCCAGAAUGAUGAGUAUAAUGAUGAAGAUGAAGUGAAAGAAAAUGGAGUACCUGAGUCGAAUGGCAAAGCAUCUCCAAUUAAGGUAUGGCUUUGAUAAAAAACCUAAUUUUAGUAUGCAACUUGUCUCUGAAUUUUUUUUGACCUGGGCAUGGGUGGGCGGGGUAAUUUUCUUGAGAAGGGGGGGGGGUGUGAUUUUUUUGUGAGAACGGUGUGUACUUGUAAGUUUGAAAAAAUAGUAUUUUAUAAAAUAACUUAGUUCUAACUAGGUGUUUUUUCACGUUUUUUGACGUGGGCAUGAGUGGGCAGGGUAAUAUUUUUUUUGGGAGGGGGAGGUAAUGUUUUUUUUAAGUUUGUGUUUUUUUUUCAUUUUUAAAAAUUGAGUUUUUUGAGAGGAGUAAAUUUUUUGGAGGAAGUGGUGAUCUAAAAAAAAUUUUUUUCGGGGUUUGGCUAAUUUUUUCAUUUUUUUAAAAUUAAAAAAAGUUAAGUUUUGCAAUGCCAUACCAAUCUCCAAUAUUACUAUAAUUCCAUUACCUGUUCCCGGCGUAUCGGCACUUCCGACGCACAAAAGCCGGGAAUUGGAGAACAAUGGGCGAAACAAAUUCGAACGGAUAUCAGGCCGGCACAAAUCAAAGCCGAAAUGAGUAAUAAGGUUGCGCAAUCAAACCAAAUACCAUAAAUAUUAUUAUAGUUGGGUCGUACUUUAGCACCGUGUUGACCUUAUACGAAGCUCGUUAUGAGAAACGGGAUUUGGUAAUAAGAUGGGCUUAAUUAGGGUUUAUUGGUGGGGGGGGGGGGGGGAUACUGUGGUUUUUGGGAUUUCGACUAUAUGAUUUACUGUAGGUUACUAUAAAUUAGAAUAGCGGGUUUGGAGGACUGUAGGCGACUGUAACUGUUGAGUUUUCGAUUUUUGUGUAGUAAUCUAGAAUACUGUAGCUUUUAGUAGGUUCCUGUACUUUAUACUAUGAGAAGCGGUAGGAAUAUGACUACUGUAUUAUGAGAAAAGGGAGUUUAUGUUAGGGAGAGGUAGGGUCGAGUAGGGCAGGGUUGGGUAAGAUAGAGUAGGAUAGAGUACGGUAGGCAGCGUAGAGUACAGCAUGGUUGCGAAGAGUAGGGUAUGGCAGUGUACUGUAUGUAGAUAUUUAUUGUUUUUAAGUUACUGUAAAACAAUAAUUAGAAUUUGAAAAUUUUGGUUACUGUAAUUUAAAAAAAAUUGAAUUUUCAGAAGUAUGACGAAGAAGAGGAAGAAGAUGACGAACCGGUCGAUAGUGACGAUACCGUCUUCAGUAAACGAACAUUGGGAGUACUACGGACAAUAUCAUCUAAACUAAAGUCAAAUGAAAAUCAUGUAAGUUUUAAACUUGUUACCUAAAAUUGAAUUUUUUGAAAAAUUUGUUCUCUGAAAUGGCAAUUUUUAAUUCUUUGUUACCUAAAAUGGCGUUUUUUAUUAUUUGUUACCUAAAAUGACAUUUUUUGAUAAUUUCUUAUUUAAAAUGGCGUUUUUAAAAAAACUUGUUACCUAAACUUCAAAAAAAAAUCGCUAAAAAUUGCUCAAAAUCUCUUAAGUUCAAGCUACAGUACCCAAAGCCUACUAAAAAUUCAAAUAUGAAAAAAAUUUAUAAUUUGAAAAAAAUCCUUAUGAUUUGCAUUUUCCCGCGCACUUUCCCAGGCCCUUUUUUGGGCCGUGAUUCAUUCUCGACCGGUCUCUCUCGGGCGUGGAUGAUAUUCCCAUUAUCGGAUAUGCAACAAAACAAAACGGGAUUUUAAAUGUCAUUCCCAAGAUUGAAAACAAUAGGAAAAGGUUUCAAAAUUUUGCAUUUUUUAUUCUUGCACUUAGACUUGUUAGGCUUAGGUUUAUGAGGUUUAGGUUUGGUAGGCUUAGUCUUUGUACUCUAAGCCUUAAAAGAGUUAAGCUUAUAGGUUUAGGCUUCUAGGCUUGGGCUUCUAGGCUUAGGCUUCUAGACUUAGGCUUCUAGGCUUAGGCUUCUGGGUUUAAGCUUCGAGACUUAGACUUGGGCUUCUAGACUUAGGCUUCGAGGCUUAGGAUUCGAGGCUUAGGCUUCUAGACGUAGUCUUCUGAGCCUAGACUUCUGAUCAUAGUUUUCUAAGCCGUAACCUUUUUGGCUUAGGAUUCCAGGCUUAACUUCUAGGCUUAGGCUUAGUAGACUUAGAAUUAAUAGACUAGACUUGGGCUGCGUAGACUUACGUUGUAAUUUCUACUACAUUAAAAAAUUAUCCGUUGAAGAAAGUCCUUUUCCAAAUACCACGGACGUUACAAUGUAUUACUAAUAAUCAGUUACGGUACUUGUGAGUCACACCAAAAACUACCGUAAUCGAAGCAUUUGAACCAAUUUUUUGUGAAUACAACACAAUACACGGGUUUGGUAUUCAAUUUGAAUAUUUCUUCUUGAUAACAAUAGCAAAAUGUAAUGUUUUUUAAAUACGAAAUGAGUCAUAAAAGUGUUGCAGUAGGAAGUGGGGGCUACUGUAAUGUACAUUAGUUUGAUAUUGUAGUGGAAGUGAUAAGGGUUUUUUACUGUAAUUGGGGUAAGUUAAGGUAGGUUAAGCUAAGGUAGGGUGGGGUAGGGUAGAUUAAGUUAAGGUAGGGUAGCUAGUUUUUUGAGUAGGGAGGGGUAAAUUUUCAAAAAUUUUAAAAAUUAAAAGAAAAUUUGAAAAAGUUAAAAUAAUGAAAAAUUUGCAUAAAGAUAAGGGCUAAAUUCAAAAUUUGAAGUGAAAUAGUCAAAAAUUGCGAUAAUACAAAUAAAAAUGAACAAUACCACAUUUUUUUCAAAAAUUGAAAAAAAAAUAUUGCCAAAAAGAAAAAAUGCAUUGCAAUAUCACUAAAAAUUAAAUUCGAAAAAAAUAAAAAAUAUUGAUUAAAGUAACAAAAUCUGACCGUUCCCUAUUUGAAGAUAAUCCUCGACGAUCUUCUCUCAAACAAAGCAACACAAAAAACCCGCGCCCAAAAGUUCUACGCUCUUCUGGAGCUGCACAAGGCUCACGCCAUCGAGGUGGACCAAAUUGAGUCAUUUGGUACCAUUUCCAUCCGACCUGGCCAACAUUUGGAAGAGUUUUUGAAAACUCACUAA